GUAAAUUCAACACUCGUGAUUGUCACAACGAUGACAAUUAUCAAAAUCUUGGUAUCUCUUUUGUUAAUCACCGUCACGUGCGGACUACCUGUAACGUACACUAGAUACGAUGAAAGGGAAGUGUCCCGCGAACGGCCGCCAUUUUUAUUACUGGUCAACCAUGAAGUGCCAGAACUAGAGAAUGAAAUGUUCGACUCGGGUAACGAUCCUGGAUCGACGGUGGUACGAACGAAGCGCAUCGGAUCCUUGUCGAUCGUCAACUCUUUGGACGUGUUACGACAACGAGUACUUCUUGAGCUGGCUCGACGCAAAGCGAUGCAGGCUCAGCGGCAGGUCGACGCAAAUCGGCGCUAUUUGGAGACCAUCGGGAAGAGAUCGUUGCCGCUGUACGCAGCCGGCUUGUCGAAACCGAUCGACUCCAGAUCGAGAAAUGGUAUCGAAUACGCGAUCGAACAGGAUGGAAAGAAUCACGACGCAAGUUUAUCGCCGGACAGGAUGCCCGAAAAGGUCGAAGAUUGGUUGCAAACGAACGACGCUGCAAGGCAAGACGAUCAACCGCGAAGGGUGGAGGCGAACGAACUGCGUCUACUCUAAUCUACUCAGAAAAUUAAAUCACCGCUGUCGCUAUUACGGUUUUUUAUCUAACGAGCCAAUUACGAUAUAGUUUAUCUAUUAUUCGUCAUAUUCCUCAGGUUUUACCAUAUACCCCAUGUAUACAUUUUGUGUCGUGCAGAGUCAACAGUUUAAUAUCGUUUUCACCCGUCAACCCUGCAAAUUACUCACGUGUCGAGUAAAAAUCAAAUAUAGCGCGCAUCAAGUUCCCGCCCGCGUAGAUCAAGAAAUUUAAUAAACAGAAUGUUUCAGUAUUUUUUUUUUUUUUAAGUAUGAAUCGUUUUAACUAGUUUAAUUAAACGAUAUCCAGAAAAGGAAAGAAAUAGAAAUACGAUGAAGAAUAAAUUUCGUUGUUCAGAAUUUAGCGAGCAAAGAGACACGGUAAUUAGUCCAGGCUGUUCGUCCUCUACUCAUUUUCUAUUUUUUCCUUUUUCGAUAACGCAAACUCACGAAACAGAACAGUAUUAUAUGUUGUGAUUUAUUUCUGUCUAAUCGAUAACCAUCAUGCAAAGCGUUUAGCAUUCAACUAUGGAUGCGUGUAAUUUAACAUAAAUGUUUUUUCGUAUUGAUGUUAAGUUUUAAGAAUAUAAUAACGAAGACAUUGUAAGGCAUGCCAUUGUAAUUAUUUAAAGGUGAAAAUAUUCCAACUUCAAGAUCAAGCAGAAAAACAUAAAAAAUAAUGAUAUGGAAUUUUAGCUACCGACUGUACAGUAACAUUUCUGAAACAACUACGUUCGCGUAUGAUAUUUUAUCGAUCGUUUUUAGCAGAAAUUAAGUGUUAUUUGCAGAAUAUCGGUUUGAAGAAUUACAAAUUUUAUGUAAUGUAACUACUUCGGUAUAUAGUUUUCGUUUAAUCAAAUUAAACUUUACUUGUGAAAACAAUAAAUGUUUCAAAUAUAUGUCUAUACCCGAGCUUCUUUUAAAUCAAUUGUUUUUUCUUCUGUUGGAUAUUGUUUUCAUUUAUGUUAAUACUAUUACGAAUGCAUUCCUUGAUUUCUAUAAUAAUCUUAAAAGACACGUGAUAAUGGAAUUGACUGUAUCUUAGUCGGUAUACCAAAGAAAUAUUGUAUUAUGAGCAAGUACUCAAAAUAGUCAGUCAAAGGUUCCUUUUGUAUGUGUAUAAAUUAAUAUAUACAUGCUGUGUUUAAAACGCUGUUCUCUAAGAAUUAGGUAUAUAGCUGCGUAAUACAUCGAAGCGUAACUAGUUUUAUGAUUAUUUCAAUUUUGGUCUUAAGUAAGCGUUUUUGUCAUGUUCAACGUGUAAGACAAAUAAAUACCAUCGGACCGUAAUAUACUACAAUGAAAAUUUAAUCAAAACAGAACAUUUUUUUUUAUUUUACUUCAAAAACUAAUUAUAUUUAAGUUUAUAUUUACCCGUUUCGUUUAGUUUUUCCAAUUAUUUGUCCACUUGUACACUGGACAUUCAUUUACAAAUGAUUUCUAAAACUAUUUUAGGAACGCGUGAGAAACAUAACGAUGUAUGUAGUAAUGAAACACAUGUUAACGCUUCUGAUGUUUACGUUACUAUUAGAACAUAGGUAUAACUAUACAUACUAUUACUAUUAUUAUUAUUUACACAAUAUAUUUACUUGUAUUAUACAACUUGUGACUAGAAGAAAAAUGUAUAUGAAUCCUAAAAAUACUGUGCAUAAUGUAGAUGUAAGUUAUUUAUUUAAAGAAAUAGAACAAUAUUGUUAUUUAUGUACUUUAAUUAAAAAAUUUUUUUUUUAUUUCGAUGACUUGAAUUGCACAAUAUGUAGUUGAAAUGAAAUAAAUUUCAUUUAAGAUAGA